CCGAAGUUGCCGACAAUGCACUUGACGUGAGUGCCUGGACGUCCCGAGCGGGCGGGAACGUGAUCCCAGUAGCAACAUGAGACAAUUCAGCUCAUCAAUCAGCACAAAAACGUUGCUGCUGAUAAUUUGGCGAGUGUGCAAUGUCCUCAUGUCGUUAUUCUUCGGCCUUGCGACGUACGUGCAGAUUAACGACCCAGACGCUGCAUUGUGGAUGGUCGGUUACGGCGUUCCCGCGCUCCUGUGUGCACUUAUUGGCCUCAAACACCAGGUGACAGAGACGUUGCCAUGGAGACGUGUGGCUGACCUCCACAUGACGAUGUGCGGGGGAUUCCUUGUAAUGAUGGCAUGGAAACUCUCUAAAGAGAACCCAGCAGAUGUCUUCCAGCAGGAAGAGGGCAGAGAGAUGUCUGGCCUCAUGCUGACGGUGAUGUGGCUUCUCCUGUGUCGCCACUCUGGAAGGUCCACUGUGGGCAAACUGAGAGUAUCCGCGGGAGUCCUCAUCACCAUCUUCCCCUUCGUGUGCUGGUACCACGUGCACCACAAUAACAGGUCCAGCUGGCCCUCACACUGCACCACUGCCAUUUAGCAAGCGACAACAGGUCAACGCAGUCCACUGACACUCAAUGAACCAAUGAAGAAGCACUUUAAUUUUUUGCACCGGAAUUUGUGCUGUAUUAUAAUUACUUUCACUAUAUGAUUUAUUUUAUUAAAACGUGAAUUGUUGCCUA